AAUUAGCAUUUAAAAAUGGCCGCAAGUCACCAAGUAACCAAACAGUGAUUUCGGGAUUACAAUCGAUAUAUUCCUGUAAUCGUCGUAAUAAAUACGUCAAUGGCCUAACUUAUUUAUAGUAUCUAAUUCUUUAUAUUAGCCUGCCAAGUAUUUUGACGUAAGAGUCUCGUGAAUACCGAUUCAUACUUUUACAUUUGCCCCUUGCUCAUAAAAGUUCGCCGAGACGGUCACUAAUUCAGUCGUACGUUUACUUAAAAUGCAGCAUUUCGUACAACUGACUCUAUAAUAUUUGCAGGUUAACUGUGAAAAAGCCAACGAUCAGAGACUAUUUUUUCAACAGUGUAAGAAUAUUUUAUAUAAAGAACAUGUCGCCGGGUGUUAACGAUGGUCCACGCAACACAGGCACGCUACCAAAAAGUAAUAGAAGAAAUGAUAGAAACAGAGAACGGUCAGCAGCUAAUCAAUUUGCAAACUGUUCUUCCUAUCAUGGACAUGCACAACAUUCUAACAAUUUGUAUCAACUGGAUUGGAAACCAGUUGGCGAAAGAAAACAUCUAAGGAUAACAAAGAAUAGCAAUACAAGAUCAGUUGUUUCAAUACCAUCUACAUCUUAUCAAGAUAUAUCUGAUUUGGCAACAUAUAGUUGUACUCAGCCAUAUAAUUACCGUUCGGACGAAUAUUCACAUUGGCAAAAAAUGGUCCCCCCUACUGAUUCCCAAACCGAAUCUUCCGCACGAAUUCAAGGAACAAAACCUUCUAAUGUUGAUAAAAUGCCUGAUAGAAGCCAAGUUGAAUCCCGUUUAAAUCAAAUUAGAGAUUAUAUCAGAGUUACAUCAACAAUGAUGGAUUCGCUUAAUCAAUCCAGUGAUCCACGUGCGCAAGCUCAAAAUGAGAAGUUAAGUAGAAUGGUGGAGGAUCUUCAUGACAGUGAAAGAAAAUUAACCAAACUCUUGGAACAAUAUCAAAGUACUGGGAUAUUUUAUGAGAAUGGUGAAAGUAGCAGAGAAGAUACAGAAGAGAAUGGUGAUGCGGGUAGAGAAAUUCAACUAAGAAAGAAAAUGGAAGAAUCACAGAGGAAACUUGUACAGUUACAGGAGCAUCAAGCUAGUUUAGUUGGAAUGCAGUUACGUGUCAGAGAAAGACUAAACGAAGCUCGCCAAGCUCAACAAGCUCUUUUACAACAAGAAAAUCAAAGUUCGGUUGGUUUAGCUGUGCCAUUACCCGUGAAUGUUGAACAACUUGAAUCUGAAACAGCUGAAUUGAGAGGAAAGCUAGCGCAGCUUCAAACAAAGAAGAAAAAUAUGGAUCAUCUUGUAGCUGAAUUACAAGCUGUAGAAGUAUCUGACAGGGGCAGUUGUAGUUCUGAAGGUUCAAGAAAUUUUGGAAGAGACAAAGCUGCUGAAUUAGAAGCUAUGAAAGCGCAACUUGCUCACUUGAAAUCACUAAUGGAAGAAGCAACAAGAGUUCGUGAAUGUCUUGAUUCUAAUUCUGAUCCUGAACCUGAAGUAGAUGUAAAUGGUGAUUCAGCUGCAGCUGAAGCAGAUGCGAACGAAGAAGAUAAUGGAACAAAUAUUUCGUUCGAACGUCAAAGUGAUACCGACGAAAUAAAUCAUGAGAAAACUAGAAAUACCAGAGACCGACCAACGGUUGAAGAAAUUCAGGCUGUGACACGAGAACUUCAAGAACAAUCAGCUUUGUUACAAUCAACUAGGGCAGAAUUACAACGACUGAAGCAACCAUUAUCAUCGGUUCAUUCAAAUUCUACUUCUAUAGUUCCUACUUCGACACCUCCUCCCUCGCUUACAACAUCAACCUGUUCUGAAAAAAAGCAAAGUAAUAACAGUAAUUCGGAAGUUCAACAACCUAUGCAAGGAAAAAGACGUCAAAUCGAAGAUCUUAUGCGAAAGGAGUCAUCUCAAGCGUCUAGUAUUAAUCGCGACAUGGGAGGACCAACUGAUUUAAAUAGCCAUAGAAGCUCUAGUUCACAGAUUAGUCAUAGCAGUACUCCUGCUAACGUUUGGCCUCCUCCUACAGUGAUAGGUGGGUCUAAUGAUCAAAGUGUGGACGGUGUAUCUUCAGAAAAUUUAAUGGAUAUUGGUCCUCACACAACAGCAAUUGAAAAUGGAUUUACUGGAAAUUGGUGGACAUAUCCACCGCCUCCGUUAAAUCAACUACAACAUGGUUCAACCGAAUAUUAUCGUCAAUUAUUAUUGGGUUCUCAAACUCAACAACUUCAAAUGAUGGGUACAACAAUACAGCAAUGUUGUCAAUUGUUAUGGUCACAACAACGUGAAUUGCAAGCUAUGCGCUCGGCUAUUACUCAAUUACAAUUACAUCUGAGACAACCACAGCUACAACAGCGAAAUAAUAAUGAAAACAACGAUGAAUAUUCCAACUUAGGCCGUAACAUCCAUCAUCUAAGUGAAACAUUAGAUUCUGCAUUACCACCAAGUUCAUCCCUGCCAAACUUAGUGUCACUACCGAAUUCUUCUCCAGCUGCAGUUACUUCUGUCAAUUCUCAACAUCAACAACAACAAUUGAACAAUCAAGUACCUCCUGGAAAUAGAGCAAACAACUACUGGGAUAAUUUCAGAAGUUACUCCAGACAAAACUUACUCUCGGGAAAUGUAAAAACAAUGACUGAUAUUACUUCAGGACCUAUUGCAAAUGCAUCUGGAAAUACUGUAUCCAGUGUUAAUACCUCCCUGAUGAAGGAUAAGCGUAAUCGGGAUCAAGGAAUUGAUAAUUUACCUUUACCCUCGUUAAGUGGAGUAGAAACGCAGUAUUCGUCAAACUUACAGUUACAAUCAAAUUUGCAACAACAAGAAAGGGAAAAUACCGUUAUGCGUAGCAAUAUUUUAACGAAUGAGGUAUCUCAGCAACAAGCUGAUAAUCUUUGGGAAGAAGCUCAUUCAUCGUUUCGACUACCAUCUGUAAUAAAUGAUGAUCACCUAUUUCAAAAUUUAAGCCCUGAAAUGAGAGACGUUUUAAAUUCACUCAUUUCUGUAAAUAAAAAACGACCAGACUAUCUAGUUAUUAUAUUACGAGAAAUUAAGGCAAUAAGUGAAGAUCAUAGAUUGCGACCUCGUCUAUUAAGAUCACUACGUGCUUUACAAGAUACACAAUCGCUAAGCAAUCCAUUGAAUGAAACAACUGAUCAAACUGGAAGUGAAAGUUGUCAAUCCAGUGAUGAGGAUUCUGAAAUAGAUGUAGUUUUAGGCUUGGGUACAGAAAAUCAAUCGUCUGUAGGAGAAUUAGUUGCAUCAUCUCAAGCAGGAGGUUCAUCUCCUACCGCACAUAUACCAUUGAUAGAUCAUUUGGAUAUGCCAGGGACAUCUACAGUUGAUUCUGCAAGUGCAUUACCUUCAACAUCUACUGUUAAACCAGGUUACAAUGAAGAUCUAGCAGAAGCAGAUCAAUCGAGACCUGAAUCUUCUGGUAAUCAACAGCCUCUUGAUAACGAGGAAGAAAAUCAACAAGGCUAUGGAGAAGCAGCUGGUCAAAUUGCAUCUGUACAAGUAAGAUUUAACGGUGAUGGAGAUUUAGAAAAUUUAGCUGCAAAAGCUGAAGACGAGAGAAACGAGAAUAAUGCACCAAUAUUUUGAUAUUGAGUUUUCCUAAAAAUUAUUUCAAAUUGUAUACAUACAACAAUUUAACGAACAAAUGUAUUGUAAAAGCUAUGGUUGCUAUGUAUACAUUAUUUCGUUGAAGCGGAAUAUUCAAAACUCUCGAAAAUUUAACUCUUAUUGUUCAAUAUUUUUUAGGUUUUUUUUCUAAAAUAUAAUUAUUUAAUUUCAAGCAUAACAGUUUUGACCGAAAACUUUUUUUUUACUC